CGACUAUCGGGUGGAGCGGUGAGCCUCCACCACUGUUGGUCGUUAUCGAUUGACGAUAGGUCACGAAAUUUAGCAAAGUAAACAAAAGCAAAGCCGCUGAAAAAAUCUGAUAAAAAUUCGAGAUAUGAGUAAUAGCGAGGACUCGCAGCAGUAUCUCAACGACAUGCUGGUUAAAGAGGAGGACGAAGCGUCCGGCGACGAUUCGGACAAGCAGGACGGAGGAAUAAUGCUGCGGGAACAGGACCGAUUUCUGCCCAUCUGCAACAUUAUUAAAAUCAUGAAGGUGCCGGUGCCGCAAAAUGGCAAGAUAGCCAAGGAUGCACGAGAGUGCAUCCAGGAGUGCGUCUCUGAAUUUAUAUCCUUCAUUAGCAGUGAGGCCAUCGAACGUAGCGUCGCCGAAAAUCGCAAGACAGUCAAUGGAGACGACCUACUGGUUGCCUUUAGCAAUCUGGGAUUCGACAACUACGUGGAACCACUAUCUAUUUACCUGCAAAAAUACCGAGAGUCGAACAAAUCGGAUCGUAAUCUCUUUCUGGACGCUAGUUAUCCACAAAACGAAGAUGGAUCCUCCGCAAACGAGGCGGGGAAACAGUAGCCCCUUGCUCACAUACUCUCUUAGUUAAGGUUCUUCUGACAGUAAAGUAAUAUUUGUGUUUCCAAGUGUUUUGUUAACUCCUAAGAGUGUACAUUAAUUGUAGGUCUUAAAAACUUCAUUAGCUUCAUUAUUCUUUCCAAUUAACUAAUUAUUCAUAGUACAUACUGUCAGACAGUUUUUUUUAUUUAUAUGAUUUUUUUUUAAUUGUAACUACAGGUUUUAUAUGCAUAAAUCAAUUUUUUGCCCUCAAAUUCAAUAUUUAGGUAUUAGUAGCAAACA